ACCCCCAAUCUUAUUAAUGCAUUUGAAUAUACAAGUUUGAAAAUGGAAAGUGCAUGUACAAAUCAUUUCACAAUCUCAUCAUCCUGAAAAAUUGAACACCAAAAAUCAGAUACAACUGUGAAACCUAACAAAAUUAUUUUAAAUAAUUUUUAUUACCCAACAAUAUAAAUUUCUUGUUGAUUAGAUAUUGAAAUAUAACCUAAAGCAGCAGCAAAAAUGCAGGUCUUUCCCAAAGAUUAAAUCUAUGCAAUAUUUCUGUAAAAAACGUCAACUAUUUGAGUCCAAAAGGAAACAUAUUUUUCCAUAGAUUGAUUUUGUUACUUAAAAAUAAUAAGGAAUAUGAAAUGUGUGCGUGUGUGUAUUGUUUCAAGUGAAAAACAUUGCAGCAAAUAUGAUGUUUGAGGGGGAUAAGAAUAAAUAAAUUAAGGAAAUGAAAAAGACUACUUACUCCAGCUUUAGACACUCUUUAACCCCACGUCAUGAUUGUAUAUCUCAUAAAUGUAUUGCCCAAAUUCAACUCCCUCCUUCCCAUCUUGCUUCAACCGACGCAAACAUAGCCACAUGUGAAGUACAAGUAGAGAGAAUGUUGCUUUGAAUGUUUUCUCCAAGUUAAACACUGCAGGCAACGGGGAAAACAGUUAAAAUAAGACAUAAGAAUUUAUUUUUGUACAAGAACUAAUUUAAAUUAUUAUCCUCUCAGCCCAUAAUUAUUCAGGUCUUAACUCUCUUCUACCCAUUCGUUGGAAGACUCAUCAACGAAAACCUAAUCAUAGAAUGCAACGAUGAAGGUGUGCCUUUCAUAGAAACCAGAGUCAGUUGCCACCUCCGCCACAUCAUUGAAACCCAUCUCCUAUUGACAUCAGAAAGAUGCCUCCCUAUGGAUGAAAUUGUUGACACACUCCUAAGAGUCCAAUUCAGUGUCUUCAAAAGCUUUCCCCUCUGCUCUAUUUUGGUGCGUUUGUUUUCUGGCUUUGAAGAAUGUUGCAAAGGUGGAGUAAAGCAAUCACUCAUGUUUCUAAAAUUGGAUCACAAAGUAAUUUGAAAUUUGGCAAAGACAUUUGUGCCAUUACGCGCCGAAGUUAUGCGAAGGUUGCAGCAGUAUCCCCACCAACUUCAACUGAUUCUAAGGAGAAAGAUUUUACAAAUGAAUCCAAGGUUAACUUAGACAAAAUGUUUUGGUCAAAGCCCUGUUCACUGGCCUUGGCUGAAAAUUCACCACUAAGAGUUCAAGAACCAAAUUUUGAGGGCAUCAAGCGAUUCUUUCUGAAAAUGAUGCUGUUUUAUAGUAAACAGAGCAAGUCAAUUCGAGGAGCUAAUGUGAUGUACCAGAGAAUCCUUUCACAGGUUGAUAAACCUCCUAUUUAUGAAGUGUUUAACUUGGAGAAAACAUUCAAAGCAACAUUCUCUCUACUUGUACUUCACAUGUGGCUAUGUUUGCGUCGGUUGAAGCAAGAUGGGAAGGAGGGAGUUGAAUUUGGGCAAUACAUUUAUGAGAUAUACAAUCAUGACGUGGAGUUAAGAGUGUCUAAAGCUGGAGUUAACCUCUUGUUGACUAGGUGGAUGAAGGAUUUAGAAAAAAUUUUCUAUGGAAAUAUUGUUGCUUAUGAUACAGCCUUGCUUCCAGAAGCUAAACCGAAUGAUUUCUCUGAUGUAAUAUGGAGGAAUAUAUUUUCCGAUGAUGGUUCGUCAUCACCAGAUGCUGCUGCAUUGCGGUCAGUGCAGGCAAUGGCCAGGUAUGCUCGUCGGGAAGUAACUUGUCUCUCUCUGACAGAUAAAGAAGCAAUAUAUUCAGGGAAUUUUGCGUUUACCUCACUGAAGCGCGAGAUCACAAGUGCAAAGGAGCACCAAUAGUCAAUCAUUUCUUGAACAAAAUCAUAUAAAAGUGGCAUUUUUCAUUAUUUGUUGCUCAGAAAGAAACUGAAUAAUUAUUAUACGAGCAUGUAUCGUUCGCCUGCGGGAUUUAUAUUUAUUUAGUUUGGCGUCCUGAAACUCGAUUCUCCAUUGUUUUGGUCAGAUAAGGGAGAAGUGAUAGUAUAAAAUAAGUGAUUUUUCUGUAAUUAUUUCCAUCCUCUGAAUUAUGACAUUAACUAGAGUGGGAUUCAUGCAUUUACACUCUUAUCUGAGAUAGAAGAUUGUUCGUAAGAAUGUAAACGGAGUAUAAUUAAUUUGGAGCUCCUUAUAGUUUUUUAAUGUAAUAUUUGAUUGGUAGAAAAAUAUGUUUUAGAAAGGAAAUGAGAAAUAUACUUAUCUUA